AUGGAUUUCUAUGCAACUUCGCAAUACCCUGAGGGGGUGAUCAGCUUUCUUGAUACCGAUCUUUACAAGUUGACGAUGCAAUGCGCCGUCCUAAAAUACUUUCCCACCGUUCGUGUGACUUAUGCGUUCAAGAAUAGAACGCCGGAGAAGAAGUUGUCAAGAGCUGCAUUUCGUUGGUUACAGCUUCAGAUUAGCAAACUGGGAAAUAUUGCGCUCAAAGACGAAGAAUUCCGAUUUCUCCAAAACACCUGCACAUACUUAAACCAACCUUACCUCAACUUCUUGAAAGAGUUCCGCCUAGAUCCGCGAAAUCAGAUCGAGGCUACUUUUGUAGCAGACGAUGAUAAGGGGGAAGAUGAGGACCUAGGAGAAGUUAAUUUGGUGGUAAAGGGUUUAUGGGUCGAUACUAUCUUGUACGAAAUCCCAUUGUUGGCUCUAACCAGUGAGGCAUACUUUAAAUUCAUGGAUACGGAUUGGACAUACGACGGACAAGAAGAAAAGGCAUAUGAGAAGGGAAUGUCACUUUUAGAAGCCGGAUGCAUUGUGUCGGAGUUUGGAACCAGAAGAAGAAGAGAUUAUCACACUCAGGCUCUUGUGUUCCGCGGAUUGGUCAAGGCGAAGAAAGCAGGAGAAGAGCGCAAGUUGGCAGGAAAGAUUUCGGGCACGAGUAAUGUUCAUUUGGCUAUGAGAUUUGGAAUUGCUCCCAUAGGAACUGUCGCACAUGAAUGGUUUAUGGGUGUCGCGGCUAUCACGGAUAACUAUAGAAGUGCCACGGCUACUGCGUUGGACUAUUGGGUGGGAUGCUUCGGUCAAGGUGUUUUGGGUAUUGCUCUUACAGAUACUUUUGGUACUAAAGACUUUCUCCGGGUCUUCUCUCAGAAAAUCCCAUCUCUCACAACCGCCACUUCGGGGGCAGCUGCUACAUUACCGUCGGCUAAUACACUUACGACUAAUGGAACGACUAGUACGAAUCCGCCUUUGGACGCAGCGGGAGACACAUCGAGCGAGGAUACUCCAACAUUUGCGCAAGCUUUCACUGGUGUACGACAAGAUUCCGGCGAUCCGGCAAGUUUUGUAAAGAAGAUGCGUCAGUUCUACGAUGAACAGGGUAUCAAGGACAAGAAAACAAUUGUCUUUUCUGAUUCCUUAGACGCCGAGCUUUGCAUAAAGUACAAGCAAAUUGCUGAAGAAUCAGGAUUCCAGCCUACCUUUGGUGUGGGCACAUUCUUCACAAAUGAUUUUGUUCAUACAACUUCAGGCAAGAAGUCAACGCCAUUGAAUAUUGUCAUAAAAUUAAGCUCUGCUGAUGGUCAACCGGCUAUCAAGAUCAGUGAUAAUAUUGGGAAGAAUAUGGGUGAUGAGAGUACUGUUUUGAGGGUUAAAAAGGAUUUAGGAUAUGUAGAAGAGGAAUGGCAGGGAGGUGACGAGACAACAAGAUGGGGAAAAGAGGGAGCUGAUGUUGUGAAGAAAUAA